AACGUGCAUCAUUGCUCUUUGCCAGAGUGUCUCGCAGAGACAAUUCCAUUGUGUUCUCGCGGGAACUCUGGAUUUCCAGGGUAUCUGCACACUGCCACAGAAACGCAUUUGUUGGAACAACCUCUGAUGUGUGUGUUGUGUAUGUUCUGUGUGAGUGUUUUGUGGUUGUGGUGGUGCUGUGUAUGAGUGUGUGGGAAUGAUGUUGUGUAUUAUAAUUUAGAUUUUAGCACUUUACAGAACCGAGGGAAUCCUGAGACAAGGGCUCUAGGCAAGUUUGAAUAUGUUGAGGCAUUAUCUGAUUAUGUGCUCAUUUUCAUACAUUUUAAGUAUGGAAAUCUGAAGCAUUGGCAGGGCAGCCAACAUCAACUGAGGGAAGUGGACAGUAGGCCUAGGCUAAAUAUUUUUUUAACAAACCUAACUUGGGUGGGCAGCCUCGCUAAUAUUUCAUUAGGCUUAUUUGCUUCUGUUGCUUGCUGGUGUGUUUAUUUAUUUAUGAAUGCAUUUAAAUCCAAACUCUUAAACUUGUCAACAGAAAACAAUUCUAUUUUGUCCCAAUGUCCCGGAAGUUUGACUGAAGGACCUGAACGCAUUUCUGGACUUGAACCAUGAACCGAUUCGACUGGACAGUCACUCACUUCGAAGACUCGAAUCAGCAGCACGACUCUUAUUUGCCAUCUUGCCGUCUUUGCGUUACUUCCUGUUCGACCCUCCAGGCAGCUUACCAUAAUGGGAGUGUCAGAACAAAGGGCAGGGUAGAAGGAAUCUGCAAUGGGAGGUUUGUUUCGAAUUUGGUCUCUACGAAAAACAGCGCUUAUAUUUACUUUGGAAACCUUCCUGGAACAGCUGCAAGCUGACAGCCGGUUCUUGAAGGCUGAUCGGCGUCUAGAUACAGAGGUAGUAGACAGACUCAUCCUUCAACUGAACAGGAUCUACCCCCAGGUUCUCACCGACAAUGAGGCCAAAAAGUUCAGGGAUCUGGACGUCCCCACCUGCAUUCGGCUGGCCGAACUCCUGACACACUUGCAAGUGAAGGGUGAGGAGGCGUGCCGUGAGUUCUACCGAGCGCUACAUCUUCACGUGGAGGAGGUGUACUUUGGCCUGCCUACACGCCUCCGCCGUAGAGAAUCUAUAGACCUAGUCAUUAGUCCAGCAUCCACCCCUAGACAGAGAUUUGUGCUAAAUGACAGAGGUCCUUUGUUUUUCCUAAGCUGCUUCAGCGUGGCAGUAGGUGUAGCGCUUCUGUAUUACUGUGGAGAGUCCAAAGGGGCAGGUGGCACCAGCAGGGCUCUGGGCCUGGCGGCUCUCGGUCUGGGGCGCCGAGUCCGGGAGGUUUUGAUAUGGUACACAGAGGACCCUAUUCCAAAGUAGUCCAACUUCACGUUAACCAACAAAACAUCCGAUUGCACACAGGACACUUCCAAAACAUCUCAUGGUGUCAAAUUUGUACCGAAAUCAGGGGAUUCACAAUUUUUAUGUCAUAUUUGCAAUGCAUUAUUUGUACACAUGCAAUACAUAGUAUACUUUUUUUAUGCAUGCCUUGGCAUUGGCUCCUAUGAUGGAGGCUCUUGUAGAUUAGCACAUUUCUGUAAGGUGUAUGCCUUUUUCAAUGCAUAAGGGCUGUAUGCAUUCUUGGGGCAAUUGACCUUUGUUUGCUCGGUUUACAUAACUAAUUGUAACAGAGAAAAUGAAUCAUAGAUUGUCUGCCUCAUUAUAUUUUCCACUACAUAUCCUUAGUGGGAAGUGUGCUCUUGGGUUUGUUUAAUUAGAUAUCUUUGACAUGAAGGGAAUGUAUUUAUUUAGAAAUCCUAUGGGUUGCAUACCUGUUACUUAAACUUGUCUCGGAAAAUCAUUGGAGCAACAGUCUAACUAGAGAAUAUAUCUCUGCAUAACAUGCUGCGUAUUAAGAUGGACUUUAAUCUACAGUCCACUAAGUAGCUUAAUCCGUCUUCUGCCAUUUUGGACACAUCAGAGAGAAACCUGAAGAUGCCUUUUUAUUUUAAAUGUAACUUACAACCUUCUUGUACUAGUCUCACAAAGAAAUGAUCAAGGUCCAGAAAAAAAUCUACUUUUUCAUACUGUCAUAAUCCAAACAAAUGCAUCAACAAUGACUGUUCAAGUGCAAACCUAGCCAUACAAAAAUCUUGCAGUGGAGUUUACUUAUGUCAGUAUAGCGGCAGGGACAUGUCUUCAGUACAAGUUGAAGGCUUCCUUAAUUUUCGCAAUCAAAGUAGUUGAUUCUUAUUUAUACAGUCUGUACUUCCAUAACAGUCCUCUUGACCGGCAGGUGAUUGCUCUUCAUGGAUUACAUGCUCCUUGUGGCCUUAACCUUUUUCAGCUCUGGGCUGUCAAAUAUAUAUUUUUUAUGUGUUUUCUAAUAUUUUGUUUUCUUGCUGACAUUCAGUAAAACUACACACUACGCCUGGCUGGUAUUCACAUAAUCAUUAUGUUACACCCCCUGUUCUUACAGUAAACUUGUAUCCGCAUGUCUGGAAGCUGGAGUAUUCCAAGAACAAGAAGUAGUCACAAGCCUGGCUGAAUUAACUCAAGAGCAUGUGGUAAAGCAUCUAAUAGAAGAGCACCAUGGUCCAAUUCUACCUGCAAAACAAACCUAUAAUACUGCUCUACUAGGUUUUCCCACAGCAGGCGAGCAACUCACGUUUAGUUCACAGAGCAUAAAAAUAGUUUAAGAAGACUGAUCUUAUUUUUUUUUUUUCAAAUGUGUGCAUUGCUUUAACGCCUGGUGUAGCCAGUUUCAUUGUCUGUAGUGGAAGCUUAACUGUUUCAGCCUACACUCUGCGAAUGGAAUGGAAGGCUUGUGACUAAUCAACGUUCUGGAAUACCCGCCAGCUCUUCUCUGGGCUGUUCUUCAUUGUGGGACUUUUCUUUUUCUGCCUUUUGCCAGUGUGACUUCAGAGACAAUAAAACACAAAUGCUUAUAUACA